AUGUAUCAUAAGGCUCUUUUGUUUAACGACCAGGCCGUGGCAGCCCAAGUUCUGGCCGCCGGCCAUCCACGAAACGCAAAAGCCCUAGGCCGCCAAGUUCAGAACUUCUCAGACGAGACAUGGAAAAAGCACAGGACGGCCAUCGUUCGGCAGGGAAACCUCCUGAAGUUCACAGCAGCAGUUACAGAGAAAGGUUUUCGAAAGGGCACGGGCAACAACGCACCACUGAUCGAUGGCAGCUUGCGCGAGAUGCUCCUCGCAACCGGCACCCGCGAGCUUGUAGAGGCCAGCCCGUCCGAUAAGAUCUGGGGGAUCGGCUGCAAGGCAGCAGAUGCAGAACGCCGUAGGGCCUAUUGGGGUCUCAACUUGCUGGGCAAAGCCUUGAUGGAGGUGAGGUCGUUACUGAGAGAGCAGACGCCACAGACGUGA